CGCGGUGUCAGGUUACGUCAGAGAGUGAGAGUCCCGUGAUUCUGAAGGCGUUAGGCACGCUCUAGGCAAAACAGGCUAGCCCAUACUCGACCCAGGUUGUGUUGAAAAUAAUUGGACUCGCUAUUUAUUUUGAACGAAAACAAGACAGAAAAUGAAGGAUCACCGGACUCUUUGUAACAGCGGCCAGGCAUAAGGGAAGCGGCUAGAAGUUGUAGUGAAUAGUAUCAUCGCUAGCGGCUCAUCCGUGGCCGCGUUCGCCCGCCUACCUCCUUUAGGUGGAUCCACUCCUAUCCUAUCCACUACGCGAGAGCAGUCAUGAGAACAAUUGUAGGAGGCUUUUGCGGCCUCCUCGCUGUAAGCGGAAGGCGUCCGAGUCGCUUUCGCGAAUCGAGUGAAAUCUUUUAUGGAAUUUACAAACAGCAUUUUUUAUGUCUAGGAAUAUCCAAAGUUGAUUCUUCUUUCCGUGCUAGGCUCUCAAUGAAGGAGGUCGAGGUGUUUUCAUAAUACUUUCUUUGAUUCUGAAAGAACAAAAAUAACAGUUAUUAAAGAUGUGAAAUGUUUUCUCAGGUUUACAAGCUUAUUAAGACUUCACAUAAACUAAAACCACAUUUUUAGUUCCACAUUAGCUAGAAUAGACUCGCUAGAAAGUAGAUUGACUUCUUCUCAUCUGAAGCAUACCGGAAUUAUUUUUUCUUCUAAAAAAGUCCAAGCGGGAACGAGACAGAAUCGAGUGUGUGGGAGAGCGACCCGUUUGGGAAUCCGCCAUCGAAUGCAUUUUUGCAGCAAAGCGUAGCUCCUGAUGGCGAUAUAUUAAGAGUCAAAUCAUCAUAGUAUAGAUCAUCUCCUACACAAGUGUUGGCAGUCUUUCUGCGGCUGCGCAUAUCCGCUUGAGUAUGCAGGUAAAACUGUGGAUGGUGGAUCGAAUCCUAAUCCUACGUAGAGAAGUUUUUUGUUGAUGUACCUACCAUUCUCUAACAAAUACAAGCUUCGUUGGUUAUCCAACGACAGACGUGGCAGAGGAGGAACAUCUUCAUGAGGAUGAAAGUGGAGCGUUUUUGCAAAAAACACAUGCACGACCACGAGGCAGAACAAGAGAGCUAAGUCAGGAAGCUGGAAGAGCAGCGCAAGAAGAGCGAGAAAGGGCAGGUCGAAUAGACCGGGAAAAGGCGACGUGGAGGUUUUUCGAGUUGGAGAAGAUGCUAAAUGGUGUCAGCACUUGGGAGGACUGCAAGGUCAGCGAGAAUCGACAAGAGGGGCAGACGAUUAAGGGUUGCCAGCUCCUAGUUGACGAGCGUGCCGAACUUCUCGUCCGCUAUAAUGAGCUUCAGCAGUAUAGGGAGACGAAUCUCUCCAAUUCUGGAGGUGGAGUCGAUGUACCUGCUUAUCGUUAGCUUUUUUAGUUAUGAGAUGAAACCUUUAUGGUUAUAAAUCCGAGUUGUUAUAAUUUUCUCUGUUUCUCUAAGCAAAUAUGGAAAUUCGUACUUUUUUGGGAAGAUGAUCCUGAUUUCCUCCACUUCUUGUAGGACCUCUGAGUACUGAAUUGGCAAUGCAUCCCACCUUGAAACAGGUACUGACACAGACCGAAAGUACGGCAGAGGUAAAUCGAGCAUCAGCGCAGACCAAAACGACGAUCCGACAUGGUCAUGACGCGACCCCAGCGGAAGAAGAAGCAGAGCGAGCACGAGUCCGACGAGAAAGACUACAGAAACAGAAGGAACGAGCAAGUCCUCAGAAGCAAGAAGCAAGUCCGCCCACCCCGCCAAUGCAAGCAGUACGCGUCGCCCCCGAGCAGCUGGGUGAUCGUCGCAUACUGGUAGCAGAAAUAAAGCAGAGGGAAGAUGAAACCGCACCUGCAAAUCCUCUUAAGGCUUCCGCUAGUCCAUCCCUCUGGAAACCUCUGAUCAGGUACCUAUACUUUAAUUCGUACAUGGGCCAUUCUUCCACUCAUCGUACAUGGUAUAAUUGUCAGUGUGGAUGGACUCUGGAAGAUAGCGCUAAUCCAUCUGCUGCACCUGUGGCCGCAGACCUGGAAGAGAUUUGCGGGGACAAAAAGAAAGCUCUAGACGAGUUGAAAGAGAAGUUUCAACAGCACUGGUCGAACUUCUUCGAAGAGUGCAAUAAAGGAGAAGUUAUGGCUAUUGGUUUAUUUGAAGGCUGCAUUGUAUUGUAUUUCUUCAGCUGCAUUCGUCUUGUUUGAAUUAUGUAGGAUUUUUGUUGUGUGCAAGUGGUAAUGAUAGUAGUACACGACUGUUCUUGAAACUACAACUACGUCGUCCUUUCGUCGGUAGACUAACACUAUUGGAGCUUCCAGAAACGCCAUCGUGAUUAGGUCAAUGAACCGCAAGAAGACCCGACUACACUUUAGACAAUUUUCUGCUCUCAUAUCCCACCGAAACUGUGCAUUUGGUAAAGCAGCAAUUACAAAAGAAGAAUGCAAAAAGGCGUGGUCCAAGAGUGCCAGGAUAUCCAUGUACCUUGCCAAAACCAUGAAAGAUGUAGUCACGGGUGGUGGAAUAAUCCAGAAUGACGAUGGGGACAGGCAGGAAGAGGGCGAUAGUGAUGCUCAUGGUGCGGAUGGUGGUGGAAAAAUAGUGGAGGAGAAAACGCUAACGCAGCUCGUGAGGGCACUAGGAUCUCCUCCAGUGCUCGCACGCGUCGCUUACGACACAAUGGUCACAUUACGGCAGCAUCAUAACAGCGAAGCAUGCUACUUUUGCUACAUUUGUAGCACCUCAAUACCUGUCUAUUGAGGAUUUAUAGAUCAUGUUUAUGCAGUUGUAGCAAGUUGCGACCGCUGCUCCUGUUUUCACUACUGGGAGCAAUGGCUUGCGAAGGAAGGCAUAGGCAUUUUUAUAGAUGUAUAGAAUUGAUGAACGAUUUUCUCCAGCAAAUAAAUGGUGAUUGGUGAAGAACAAUAGAUUUAGAGAUUGAGAAUCAAUUACGUGUCUUUGAGGACACCCGCUGUCUAAUCCCUGCAGCUAUGAUCCGGUUGCUUCAUCAGAGUAAAGACGCAAACCUCGUCUCCAAAUCGACAUACAUCAAUUCCGACAAUGUCUAUCAGUCUUUUCGCGCAGGGUUUCCGGUUGCUCGUCCCGUUAAGGAGCCCAAGGACAUCGCGGGUAUAUUAUGGCACGCACGUUGACCUCUCGAAAAGCAUCUCUCUGCCUGUGUAAUAGUAUGUGCUUACAUGUAUAGAAAAGAGACUGAUGGCUAAGAGAGUUGGCCUGGGUGGAGCGUUUGAAUGAAACUAAUCAGCUGUUCCUGUAUUUAUGGGUGAAAAGGAUAGAUAUGCGAGAUAGAUAGGCCAACUCGAAGGCCCUAAACUUCGUAAAAGUGGGCUUGCAGACAGUGGCGAAGCCGAAGGCAAUGCGAGGUGUUUGGACGCGGUUAAGGCUACCAUGCCGCUUUGAUGCAAGAUCAAUAUUAAUGUGACAUUUAAAACAAGCUUUAACUUCAAGUGUGUAAUCUGCAUCUGGAUAAAAAUCGUAAUUCAUUCAUAGACGGAGAAACUUUAAUUUUUUCGUUUUUAUUGAAGUUCGUUUUCUUUUUUAGUUUUUGGUCUACUUGAGUCCUUUCUUUUGAUCUAGAUCCACUUAGGUCCGCAGGCUCCAUCUUUGUUGACCACACCUCGAAUACACCUCUUCCGAGGUGAGAAAGGAGAUGCUUUGCAGGUCUUCAAGGAAGGCUCGUUCACCGACGGGGUAAAGAAGCAGCUCGAGGCCUACACGCCUUACGUGCUAACCAAACAACAACUCGACAACCUGUCGGACAGCGAAGUAGAGGAAUUUUUGGCGGUAGCGUACGACGCGAUGGCGACCGAAGCCAUAACGGUGUGCGCCAAUAGCGGAUUUUCGGAUUAUGUGCAAUAUUUUUCCGUUUUCGUAACUUCGUUCCAGGGUAGUAUCAAAAUAGGGGAAAGAACAGCAAAGCACGGGAACGUCGAGGGAAUCAAAUGCGCUUCUCCUCUAAUCGGACGAAGAAGAGAGCCCUACGGAGUAUAGGCCUUAUGUUGUGUACGCGUUUUUCCACCUCCCCUGCUAACCUCUUUAUUUUGCUGCCUCUGAUCUGUGAAAAAUUCAUCGGAAGUAAGGGAGACUAGUAGCAAAGUGAGCAAAACAGGGAGAUGGAAUCAAGCACACUCUAAGAUAUCCAGCAGAGAUUUGAGUUAAGACGCAUACGUAAAAAGCGUAAUUAUGUAAUUGAUGAGAGGCUGUGAAGACUUGUCCACAUGUGUUGUUACCUAGACCUAACCUCAGCCUCUCAUCAACUUUUGAUGACGUUGGUCGAUUCGACGUGGACCUAACCUCAGCCUCUCAUCAACUUUUAUCGCUCCACAACACUGAACCUUUAAUAUAGCUCAAUACCCCAUGUCCACGAUUGAGAUCUUUGUUUUCACAUGACACCGCUAAAGAUACAGUUCGUUCCGGACGAAGCGCACUUGUGGUCGAAAUUUCUGGCUGCUGCAAAGCAAGUAGUUCGCGCGAUGCAAGAUCCCACCACAAACAAGGUAUUUAUCACCUUUAAAUCUCCUCUUUGUAUUGAAUUCCAAUGUCUAUGUAUCAGAUCAAUGAAGGUUACUUAUUUUGUCAGAGAAGUGGUUUCUUAUUUAUAAUCAGAGUAAGUCAGUCUAACAGAAUCAACGUCAGCCAUCUCUUAACCCUCUGCUAGUGCAUAAUUCAUUCCCACUACAACAGAGUUUCAUUGAUACAUGUUGAGUUCUUCAAUUUAUAACAACAGGACCUGGCUAAGAAACCGGAAGACCCGAAACAUCAAGAGCAACAGAAGCCGGAAGACCGAGAGGAGGAGCUGGAUAGUACGGAUCAGUGGCACAAAACGGCACUCGGCGCACUCCAAGUUCUCACAGGUAGUGAUAUACUUACACAUACGAACAAUAGGAAGACGAGUGUACAACUACGUACAUGCCAAUAUAUUAUAGUGUUUGCACUACCCACAUUGUACUCCCCUUCAUCCCCAAAUUUUUCAUCUACUUUCAAAGUCUUUGAGAAAGAGAACUACUGCAAGCACUAAGUAUUAUCCAAAACAUCAGGCAAAGAUUGUCCGGGCUAUGUUGUACCAGAGGAAGCACCAGUGAAAGCCGACGACGGAAUAUCAUCAAGCUCACCACCUCCCCUUCCGCAGGAGAUCGAGACGGAGGACGAAGGUAUUGAGAAAGAUGUUAGACCAGAGAUGUCAAACGACCAAGAGAUGUACAAGAAUAGAUGAAGCUAGGAUGGAAGGAUGAAAUGAAAUCUAUCUUUCCCUCCAAACUUUAUUCGGAUUAGAGAAAACUUGACAUUCUGACGACAAUAGAAGUGAUCAUUUCUUUAAUGUAAACCAAAUCAGCAAUAGCAAAACUCGCAGAGGAAGUUUCUGGCCCACCUGGCGAAGCACAUCAAGGCGCAGCUCCCGCAGCAGACAGUGGAAAACGUGUACCCUCUGCAACAUCCGCCGAAGAAGUAGGUCAUAAAAAAGGAGCCGCAUCAAAACGAGGCCCAGCUGGACCAGGUAGAUCUGGCGGACGACAAGGUGGAAGACAUCGCAUGUUCCGCGGGGAUUCUAGUAAGGAAUGGACAUCUACACGAGUCGCCUCUGGACAGCCCAAAUGGGUAAGUGCUCGGACUGUACCACUAAAGGAGGUUGAGUCCACAUCUACAUCCGCACCAUCGGCACCCACCGCAGAAGCAGAGCCAAAGCAACCAAAGCAAAAGCAAGACCAGAAAGAAAGGCAAGAAAAGCAACCGGGAAGGCAAAACCAGAAUGGAAGUCAAUACCACAAGAGAAGGCGAAAGUAAAUCCCAGAGGAUCUGGCUCUCCUCGGCCACAUGGGACAGCGCGAAAUAAUCCCUGACGAGGAAAAUCCGGUGACCAAUAUGUUGGGUGGUCACCGGAUGUGGUGGAGCAGAUUGCGGUAGUUGUACAGAAGGUAUUACUUAGCUGUUCUAGCAGAAUGCUUUGUCUUUGUGUAGUAGUAUACCCCAUUAAGCAUCAAAACGAAAACUCAGAUUUUCUUAAGGAAUGUCCAUACACAAUAUCACUGAUUCAUUAUCUUCUCGUCUACUUCUUGAUAAGAACAAAACCCUACAUUUCCCAGGUUGUUCUCGACGGCCUUAUUUGCACAGACGAACACGACACACGGCACAGGAACAUCACAUCUUGAUUAUCAGAAGACUUCAUUUUCUGCACAGAAUUGAUUCGCAUUAGGAAAUUAACGAUAACGCUAUCGCGCUUCGCGGAAGCGUUAGAUGAGCGACAGAAGGUACUAACAUUUUUAGAAUCGAAGGGUCGUGGAAGUACGAGAUAAGCUGUAGAUUAGAUAAUCGUUGUAGAACAAAACAUGAUGAUAAGAUGGAGAUCCCUUCAUUAUCGUCAUAGAACAAAUAUCGAUUAACGUGGACGGCCACAGAGUCCAAUUUUCGUAUCUAUAGUUUCUCUCAUAUUCUCCCACUUAUCAGGUUCUUCGAGGCCUCGAAUUAUCUCGUGCAGCAGCACUAUCUUGGAAAGAGCGGCAGCUUUCCUAUCGAAGAAUGCACACCGAUAUCUACUAAACAGAAAUGCUACUAUCUCUAAAAACUACAGAGAUACUACUUAACAGAGGUCUUACUAAACAGAAAUACAACCCUAUACGAAUCUCUAUCAACAGCACCAUUCACACUACAAGUGGUACUAAUUCACAGUUCUGAAGAAGACAGAGAUGUUGCCCUUGAAAUGAAGUAGUAACUCGUACACUUCCAACAUGAAUGAAAGUGAAGUCGUCACAGAGCUUGUUCUCUGAAAAGAAAACAGAAGACCUCGCUGGUUGUCUAAAUGUUUGCUAAUGUUAAUGUAGUUUGCUAAUGCUCUUGUCCCCUGAUUUCAGAGUUUUUCACAAUCACAAAAACGCUCUUAAUCAAUCGAUCCAAGAUCAAACCUCAAAAAGAAAUUCAGUCUUAGUGGUGUACUUCGCAUGUUAUGGAAUUGAACAUCCCAUCAAAUAAGAAGCGGCAGAAAGCUUGUAAUGAACAACUAGCUCUUUGGAGUGGUUCCCCAGGGGCAGGGGUCAACGGAAUUUCAAAACAUUUGCUAGAACAAUGAACUGCAGGUGAAUGCGCAAGAAAAGCAAACAGAUGCUUCGCCAAAAUAAAUGUGAAAUAGCAUCAGUCUCGUCUUCUGGACG